AUGGAAGGAGGGGAGGAAGGAGGGGAGGAGGUUCGCAUGCUCUCCGACGAUGCGCUGCUCAUCAUCUUCGGUCUACUUUCGCCUCGCGACCUGCUGCGCACCACCGCCGUCUGCUCUCGGUGGCGAGCGGUGGCCCAGGCCGACAUCCUGUGGCGUCCCCUGGUGUGGCGCACCUUCGGCCGCCGCCCCGAAGCCGACCUGCGACUUCAGGCCUCAGCCGCCCCAUACGAUGACCACGCCGUGGCCACGUCAACGUCAACGCCAACGUCGUGGCUGGCCCUCUACCGCGGCCUCGUCGCCCAGGCCCUGCCCGUCCAGGCCGUGCUCAACGGCAAGACGAUUCUGGUGCUGGGCGAUGUCGGAGUGGGCAAGACGGCCUACGCCGAGCGCUGCCUCGCGGGUGCCCAGGAGUCGACGACGAAGAAGAAGAAGGGCCGGUUCGACAUGGUGGCCCUGCGGGGCACCGGCAAGCACCACCUCACCCUGCCCACCAACUACGGCCCGGUCAACAUCACCCUGUGGGAUCAACCGGCGACAUCGAGGGAGAUCAGCGGCGGGGUGCGCGACGAGCUGCUGGCGGGCGGCCAGGCGGCCAUCAUCAUGUUCGACAUUGCCUCGCUCCAGUCCUACCGCCACGUCGGCCUGUGUCAUCGGUCGGGCUUCCCCCCUCCCUCUCACUAA